AACUGAAAAAAGAAAUCUCAGAAAAAACCCAAAUACAAUUACAUGCAUUGAUCAUGAGAUUCAUGACUAAUGAGUAAUGACACUAAACUUCCUUAAUCCAAUUACAUUACUUCUCAAUACACACUCUCUCUCUCCCUCCUCUUCCCCCCCUACCCCACUCUUUCUCUCUCCUCCUUACUCUAACACUGAUGCCCCGCAACUCACAGGCUUCGGCGGAAAUCGCCUCUUCCGCGGACGAUAACAAUGGCGAUCUAGGGUUUCGCGCCAACCACGAUCGAUCUCUCUUCAAGCGCGCGCAUCCUCUGCAACAUUCCGACGCCUCUAAAUUCUCCGAUCGACACCUUUUCUCCGCAGGCCAUCGCUAUCGUAGUCGCCGGAAAGGUUUCUUUCAAUUCAAAGGAAAUUCGUUGAUUUAUGGCGUCAUUUUGCUCGCGGUGUUUGGAUUCGCCUUCGCGUCAAUGGUGCUGCAGAGCUCCAUUACUUCCGUGUUUCGGCAAGUCGGUAAUGGCGGUGCGGCGUCGACGCGCGGGUUGCCGUUUGGGACUAAGUUGCGGUUUGUUGCUUCGACGAGGUUUCAAGAGGAAGGUCGUCUUGAUCGGAUGAGGAUGAUGCGUAGUAAUGGCGUCAGGCCUCCUAGGCUUGCUCUUAUUUUAGGAAACAUGAAGAAAAAUUCUGAGUCAUUAAUGCUGUUCACAGUGAUGAAGAAUUUACGACGCAUUGGCUACAUGCUGAAGCUAUAUGCCCUAAAGGAUGGUGAAGCACGAACAAUGUGGGAAGAAAUAGGAGGUCGAAUGACAAUUCUAAAUCUUGAAAGAUAUGACCAUUUUGAUUGGUCCCUUUUUGAAGGUGUCAUUGUGGACUCUCUUGAGGCAAAAGAAGUAAUAUCAAGCUUAAUGCAGGAGCCAUUUUGUUCUGUGCCGCUUAUAUGGGUUGUUCAAGAGGAUGGACUUGCAAAGCGCCUUCUACAUUACAACAAGAUGGGCUGGGACCAUCUCAUUUCCCAUUGGAGACAUGCAUUUGGCAGAGCUGAUGUUGUUAUCUUUCAUGAUUCUUCCUUGCCGAUGUUAUAUAGUUCCCUUGACAGUGGAAAUUUCUUUGUGAUUCCUGGAUCCCCAAUAGAUGUGUGGGCUGCUGAAAGCUAUCUUAGAACCCACUCCACAAAUGAUUUGCGGAAGAGCAAUGGUUAUGAUGCAGAUGAUGUGCUAGUUGUGGUUCUUGGAAGUUCCAUCUUCUACAAUGAAUUAUCUUGGGAUUAUGCUGUUGCAAUGCAUACUAUUGGGCCCCUUCUUGUUAAGUAUGCCAAGGGGAAGGAUGUUUCUGGAUCCUUGAAAUUCAUAUUUUUAUGUGGAAACACCAGUGACGGAUCUAAUGAUGCUAUAGAGGGUGUCGUCGCUCGCCUUAGACUAAGUCCAGGUUCCAUGAGGCAUUAUAGCAUGGGCUCUGAUGUGAAUGGAGUGUUAUUAAUGUCUGAUGUAGUUCUUUAUGGAUCAUCACAAGAUGAAGAAACCUUCCCAGCAUUGCUAAUAAGAGCAAUGACCUUUGGGAUCCCUAUAGUUGUUCCUGAUCUUCCAGUCAUAAAUAAAUAUGUUGUUGAUGGUGUGACUGGAAUGACUUUCUCUAAACAUAACCCGGAUGAUUUGCUGAGAAUCUUCUCGCUCCUGAUAUCAAGUGAAGGGAAACUCUCUAAGUUUGCUGGUGCAGUUGGCUCCGCUGGGAAGCUUCUUGCUAGGAACUUAUUGGCUUUUGAGUCCAUAACUGGCCAUGCGAAGCUUUUGGAAAAUGUUCUUAAUUUUCCUUCAGAUGCUUUGUUGCCUGCUCCAAUAUCUAAGAUUCAAGAGGAUACUUGGGAAUGGAAUUCGUUUAGUGAAGUAAUGGAACAGACAUCUGAUGACAUGAUAAAUAUUGAUGAGGAAGGCAAUAUGAUAGGAGGGUCUAGCAUCAUUCAAACGCUUGAAGAAGAUUUCAUUAGCUUUAUAAAGCUAAAGAAUAUAUCUUUGGACAAUAGUGACAUCACAGAGUCAGAUCUUGUGAGCACAGAAGAUUUGACCGGUGUUGAGCAAAUAGCGAGCUUCGAAGAGUUUGAGAGGCGAGAAAUGGAUCAGAUUGACGAGAGGAUGGAGAAGGACCCUGGUGUUUGGGACGAGAUAUAUCGAAAUGCUCGUAAAUCUGAGAAACUCAAGUUUGAAGCAAAUGAAAGGGAUGAGGGAGAGCUGCAAAGAACAGGUCGUUUGAUAUGCAUUUAUGAAGUAUAUAAUGGUGCUGGUGCCUGGCCACUUUUGCACCAUGGCUCCCUGUAUCGUGGCUUAAGUUUAUCUAGAAAAACACGGAGGUUAAGUUCAGAUGAUGUGGAUGCACCUUAUAGACUUCCCCUCUUAAAUGACGGCCACUAUCAGAAUCUUCUCUGUGAAAUGGGGGGCUUAUUCUCCAUUGCAUAUAAGGUUGAUGAGAUUCACAAGAGACCAUGGAUUGGGUUUCAGUCGUGGAAAGCUUCGGGUAGAGAGGUGUCACUGUCCGUGAAAGCAGAAAGGGUUCUUGAAGAAACAAUACAGCCUCAAUUCAAAGGGGAUACUGUAUACUUCUGGACACGAUUGGACAUGGAUCUAGGUCUUUCAGAAAGCAAUCGCUUGAAUUCCUUUUGGACAUUAUGUGAUGUCUUAAAUGGAGGAUACUGCAGAACUGCUUUUGAAAGCGCUUUCCGCCGUAUGUAUGGCUUGCCUUUAAAUGUUGAUGGACUUCCCCCGAUGCCGGAGGACUCUGAUCACUGGUCUGCCUUGCACAGUUGGGUCAUGCCAACUUCUUCCUUUCUGGAAUUUAUGAUGUUCACCAGGAUGUUUGCUGAUUCUCUUGAUGCAUUACAUGGUGACAUCAAUAUAACAACUCAAUGUCCUCUGGGAGUUUCAGAAGUUGAGAAAAAGCACUGUUACUGCCGGGUUUUAGAGCUUCUAGUCAAUGUAUGGGCUUAUCAUAGUGCACGGAGGAUGGUAUACAUUGAUCCACAUACAGGUGGUCUUGCAGAGCAGCACCCAGUAGACCAACGAAAGGGGAUUAUGUGGGUCAAAUACUUUAACUAUACGCUCUUAAAAACGAUGGAUGAAGACCUUGCAGAAGCGGCAGAUGAUGGUGACCUGCAACGUGAACCCUGGUUGUGGCCACAGACUGGGGAAGUGCAUUGGCAUGGUAUAUAUGAAAGAGAAAGGGAGCAAAGAUAUAGGAUAAAAAUGGACAAGAAACGGAAAAUUAAGGAGAAAUUAUUUGAGAGGAUGAAGUAUGGGUACAAACAAAAAUCUCUUGGAGGAUGAAAUUCUCGAGUGCCAAAUUUGGUUAUUCGAGGCACAGAUCCUAAUCAAGUAUCCGAGCUUGAUUUGACUUCGUCGUUGGGAAAGGAUUAAGCCAACCAACGUGAGCAACAUUCUCUGCUAACACCUUAACAGAUGGCUAAUCGCUUUGCGUAUAUUCAUAUUAUUGGACGUGACAAACCUUCAAAGUACAGUGGGAUAGAUGACUUCUUUGUCAAGAGCUUGCUGAUAUCAGGAGGUUGAAUUUUGAGCAGCAGCACAGCACGGCACGGCACAUGAUACAUUCGUUGAAAAUUCUUUGCUUACUAACAAAUGCUGAAUGAAAGUGUAAAUUCCCCUGCAAUUGUAUAUUUCGGCAUAAUUUGAAAAUUUUGAUCGUAUUGGUUGCUUCAUCUCUAAUUAUUGUUAUUUAAAUUUGUACACCA